AUGAAUGCAACGUACAGAGCACCUAUGGAUCUUAAGAACGAGAGUCGCCUUAUUUUCGCAGAAAGGCGUAACGGACAAACAACAAUAGAAAAGUUAACUGAUCCUGACCAAAUGAAAGCCAUCCAGGGCAGUAUGUUUGUCAGCGAGGGGAGGGCGGCUUUAGGUGGUGUUCUAAAAAUGAAAUACGGAAAUGUGGCGUGUAAUCUUAUGUGGGAUGAUUAUCAGGAGCCUGUGUUACCAUUUUACGAAUUUAUUAAAAGACAGCCAUGCACCGAGAUACAUCUAGAGUCAGAUAUGGUAGCCGUUGGCACAAUAAUUAACAAUGAGCCAAAGCUAUGGACUCAGGAACAGCGUUAUGAUGUUAAUUUGUACACUACAUAUGCGUUCCAUUGUUUCUCUGAUGAUGGAGUAGGAGGACAAUUUGUUAGUGAUACUACACCGGAUACGACGGAAUAUGAAGGUUACUUCAAUGUAGCGGAGAAUAUUCUAUACCCUUAUAAAUUAUAA